AUGUCCAUGCUCAAAUCCGCUUCACGGCAGACGGCCUCCCCUUGGGCAUAUUUGAGGGACGCGCAGCACAGAGCAGCCCCGUUCAACGUCCACACCACACAGGUAGACCUGACAUCCCGCCGUCCGCCCACGGUCGCGCUAUCGUCGCGCACUCAGCCAGAAGCCAACGCGCCCCGGCCAUGGCGUCUGAUUGUUGCCGACUUUCCCAAGCCGCCCGCUGAUUUCAACCCCAACCCGAGCCCCACGCAGCAGACUACCGACCUCCCCUCACGCCCAAAUACGUCCAAUGCCCUGUCGAGUCAAGACUCACAUGUCACUGACAAAGAAAACGCCCCGCCUGCCACUCCACCGCGUCCACCCGUGCCUUCCUUCUCUGCCGCAACCGAGUCACAGAAAGUCCCACAGGAGAUUACCACCUUCUACGCGUCCAUACGGGCCACGCUCUCCAAGAACUUUGCCAAACACCCGCCACACACCAUCCAGAGACUAGCCGAACUCGUGCUGGAGCCCAAGAAACGCUACCAAUACCUCCCACCCUACCUUCGCGCUCUCGACCGUGUCGUGUCCGUCUCUUCCCCCCUCACCGUCUUUCCUCUUCCGCAAGCUGUACUGCCUACGGCUGGCGGGCUGCUCAAUGGCACAGCAUCCACCACUCCCCAGACGGUACCGCUGGGCUCUGACGAAUCCUUAGGCGGCGCUCUGCUUACACCAAUUCCAUGGCUGCAGAACCGAGGUCAGAAUGAGCUGAUAUCAGAAAGCACAGAGAUGGUCGACGGGCCGAAUGGUGCAGGCAGGAUUGAGACUGUGACCGUGGGCAUGCUGAGCGGUGGCCAGCGGCCCGAGUCUCCCACUUCGGUCGCCCAGAUUGCUUCGUCGCAUCCCGACGGUGAAACCCUUCCCUCUACCGGACCAGUCACCCAGGGUGAGCUCUUACGCCAGGAACAAGAAGCUGGAAUUGUGCUCAACAAUCCACACACCAUGACAACUAGCCCGACAAGGACAACAUUCGGCGAGAUUGAAGGUGCAAGUAAAAUCAUGGAAACAAUCGAGGGAGAGGAAGAAGUGCCCCAUGCGCGCGGUCCCGAGAUCAUAGGCAUGGAAGACACAGGUCCGCAAAAGCAAGGCAAGUUGAACAUUGAAGGCGCCAUCGGCAGGCCGAGUCUCCACAAGAGCCCGGAGCCUGUAGAACCAGCAGAGACGGAUGCCAAGGACCAGGCGACCAAGGAAGGAGCAUCCGGGAAAGUCGAUGAGGCAACUAAGAAGGCGAAAGAGGGACAAGACGUGGAGAUGAAGUCGGAUGAUUAG